AUGAGCAUUCUUCGCAAGCUCAUAUAUCUUCCCUCCCUCCUCAUUAUCAAGGACGAACUGCCAGCCACACGUUACAAGCACCACGCCGUGAAGGCACUGAUCAGGACCGUCAAGGAUCACAACUAUAGCGAGCGUAGUCUCACACGCGCAACCAGUCGGAUAAUCAAAGCACACUUCGACAUUGAUCACCAGGAUCAGCAGCGCGCAUCAGCAUCCUCGUCACACGGAGCUUCCGCCCGCCCUCUGGCAGCACGACACUCCAAGAACAUGGCCCGCCGCAGUGCUCCAUCCAAGCCUGAGACCUCCUCAUCACACACAUCAUCGUCAAAGCCUGGCGGCAGACAGCACACAUCUAGCCGCAAGAGGCCCAACGAGCCAUCUCCUGUCGGCAACAAGAAGCGCCCUUCCAAGCAGCCACGUCCCGCCUCACAAGUCGUCGACGAGCACAUACCUGACAGCGAGGUUUCUGGUCAGCCAUCUCCCUCCCGCCGCAAGAAAGUGGCUCCUCGGCCACUUUCCGAAGAUUGA